UCGAAUAGCUCGUUUUAAUAAGUUUUCACAUUUAUACUAGUAAAUAAACAAAUAACGAUGCCUAAUAAUUUUAAUAAUUCAAGAAAGUACAGUGACAAUUUAGAAAAAUCAUCGGUAAAAGAUACAAGUGACGAUCCCAUAGAUUUGGAUGAUGUUCUCCCAAAGAUUGGUGAAUUUGGAAUAUAUCAGAAGUUUCUGUUGUGGUUCGUGUGCUUGCCCGCUUGUCUACCGUGUGGAUUCUGUGCAUUUAAUCAACUCUUUAUGACCGACACGCCUGAUCACUGGUGCAAAGUGCCUGAAUUGGAAAAUUUGACUCAAAUAAAUCGUAAAGUUUUAUCAAUUCCUCGUAAGGAAGACAAUAACGCCACUUUCGAAAGAUGUUUAAGAUAUUCAGUUAAUUGGACAGAAUUAUUAAAAACCAAUAAAAGGCCGAUCGAAGUAAAUGAAAGUUGGCCUGUAGAACCAUGUUUUGAUGGAUAUGAAUAUAAUAAAACUGAAGUGAAAUCCUCAAUUGUAAUUGAUUUUGAUUUAGUUUGCGAGUACGAUGUGUAUCCUACCCUUGGAUUAGUGGCUUUAAACGUCGGAGGACCUAUAGGUGUAUAUUCUUUCGGCUUAUUAAAUGACCGUAUAGGACGUAAAAAAUCGUUUUUCGCCUGCUUAUCGACACUCCUACUUGGUAGUGUAAUGACAGCGUAUGCCCAUGAAUAUUGGUUUUGGGUAGUAGCAAGAAUAAUUGUCGGCUUAACUAUACCCGCUGUUUACCAAAUACCAUUCAUCAUUUCCUUAGAACUAGCGGGACCUAAUUACAGAUCGUUUGUUACCGUUAUGACGUGUAUAUUUUAUACUUUGGGUUUAAUUUUACUAUCUGGAGUAACAUACAUAUUACGAGAUUGGAGAUCACUAGCACUAGCUACGUCCGUACCGUUCUUUUUUUAUUAUCUUUACUGGUUUAUUUUACCGGAAUCUCCAAGGUGGUUACUAAUGAGAGGGAGAUUGGAAGAAGCUAAUAAUAUUUUGAAAACGAUAGCUAGAAUAAAUGGCAAAGAAUUACCAGAAGAAUAUACGACUAAGCUUCAAAAACAAGUGCUUGAGCAAAAAGAGCACGGAAUGAAAGAAAAAAAAUCAGCCAGUGUUUUUGCUUUAUGCAGAACGCCAAAUAUGAGACUAAAAACUUUUUUAAUUACUCUGAACUGGUGUGCUUCAGAAAUGGUUUACGUAGGUCUCAGUUACUACGGACCUGCUAUUGGAAGCAAUCAAUACAUGAGUUUCUUCCUCUCAUCAGCCGUAGAAAUACCUAGCUAUAUUGUAUGCUGGGUUUUAAUGGAUCGAGUUGGACGUCGAUGGCCACUUUGUUUAUCCAUGGUAAUUAGUGGAAUAUUUUGCAUAGUCACUGUUCUUUUACCAGAAGAUGCCGAAACUGAGACGUUGAUUUUGUUUUUAAUAUCCAAAUGUUUUAUAUCAGCAUCUUUUUUGAUAAUUUACCCUUAUGCGGGUGAACUGUAUCCCACAGAAUUAAGAGGAGUUGGAAUCGGUGCAUCCGCUUAUAUUGGCGGACUGGGAUUAAUAAUAAUCCCAUUUAUUAACUAUUUAGGGACCAGUAAUCUAGUAUUACCCUUGGUGCUCAUGGGUGCAGUGUCGGUCGUCGGAGGGAUAACAGCUCUACGCCUGCCAGAAACAUUGCACUGUCCGUUACCUCAAACUGCUGAAGAAGGAGAAGAAUUCGGAAAAGACUGGACUUAUAAGGAUUGUUUCGCUUGUGGAGGCCAAAGGAUCACUGUAUCAGAAUCGGAUUCGUACGAAAACUUAGAUCAAUUAGAAUUAACUCAGGCCCCGUCGGUGGAAGAUAUACUGCCGGACUUGCAACCUGUACGUCGAAACUCAAUGCGAAAAUUGGUUCGUCAAGCCAGCACGUUGGAAACGCAGCGGGAUAUAGACGGAAACUUAAAAAUGACCUAUUGGUUUUAAACGUCUCAAACGUAGUCAUACUACAAGUUAUUUUUAUUUUAUUUAAAUAACAAAUAAUAAUUUAUUUGAGCGGUCAUAAACAUAUGGAUUCAGAUAACACAGGCCAUGUUUGGGCCGAACUUACUCUUAAAGUAAAGUCAUUUCCUAUACCAUACGUAAAAUAAUUAUAUCAACUUUUUUAUUUUGUUUGCAUAAUAAACCAUAUCAAGAGCGUAUCCGUAACUCUGUACACCAUGUUAUUUUCUAAUAAGAUUAGUUGUAAGGUAUUAUUAUAGAUACAUGUGUAAAUAUUUAAUUCUUAAAAUAACUAUUUAUGCACGUGAGAUAUGAAGACAAAAAACUUGACUAUAUAAUUAAAGGGUUUCAAUGGAACAGUUGAAAACCUUUAACAUCAUAAUAUAUAAAUAAAAUGUCCACGCAAUCUACGGUAUGGGAAGGCCCAGACAAGUUACAUAUCAAUUGACCAAUUCCUUUGUAGAAAAUACCAAAUUGAAUAGAAAUUAAUAAACUGAAUACGUUUAUCAAACGCUGGUGUAAUGAGGAGCCAUUUGCUUAGUCAUGUCGUCGAUCUUAAAUUUUUAACUAUUAAAAUUAAUUUCAACAUGAAGUAUUAUUAAUUUACGUCAUUAAACCUGUUAGUUUAGCGGUAGUCGAACCACGGUGAUCCACAAGUGAUGAGAUACCGUGAAAAAACUACCGAUUUCGAAAAUAAAACUUAAUUCAUAUUGGAUGUCAUAAAUCAUUUAUUCGAUUUUAUAAUACAGAUAAUAGAAAAUAACGUCACAAAUAAUAAUCUAAUAGUAUCAAUACAUAUUUACACAUACAAAGUCGCAU